UAAGAACGAAACGUCAUAUGAAAUUCGAUUCAAGUUCGCACAUGAACUCAAUGCUCUCUCUCUAUCCUUCGCUGUAUACUGUCUCUCGCCCUCUUCUGUCACUACGGACAAGCGUUGACUGACAGCUUUUCACAGUAGCUCCGCGCCAUAGAGGGGACAGGAGGGCAGCAGUUGCAGCGAAGUAUUCAGUACACUGCUGCCAAGCUAUACAGUAAAUGGAUUAAAGCACUCAGCUAGCUAAAUAGUAGUAGCAGACACAUUACUGCAAAGAGAAAGGAAAGGUAAUAUUUAGUAUAUAUUUUAAAAUACUGGACUGGACUAGAGGACCUCUCUCCCUUGCAUACAUGUGUUAAAGGGAGGGAGGGGGACGCGACUGAAUGAUGUUUGAAUUAUCUAGCUAGCGAAAAUAUUUUUGCUGUCAUUGAAUAGAAGUUUAGGUUGUAGUUGAGAAAAACAAGAAUUCGAGUGCGAUGGAGUGCCAACCACCCGACCCGCAAAGCUACGAGGACGUUCGAAAGAACGGCUACCUCCGCAAGCAGAAAUCCAUGCACCGGCGAUACUUCGUCCUCCGGACGGCCUCGGAGAGGGGUCCAGCCCGGCUCGAAUACUACGAGAGUGAGAAGAAAUUCCGCGGAAAAACACCCGUCCCAAAGAAAGCCCUGGUGCUGGAGACGUGUUUCAACAUCAAUAAGCGGGCUGAUGCGAAGAACAAGCACAUGAUAGUGCUGUACACCCGAGCGGAGAGCUUUGCCAUCGCGGCAGAAAACGAGGCGGACCAGGACGAAUGGUAUCAGGCCAUGGUGGAGCUACAAUGCAAAAGUAAGACGCCUACUACUGACACAGGUGCUGGAGGGGACUACGGCGUGCCCACCCCAGGCCCUGCCUUCAAGGAGGUGUGGCAGGUCAAGGUGUGGCCUAAAGGGCUGGGUCAGGCCAAGAACCUGGUGGGUGUCUACCGGCUGUGCCUGACCGACAAGACGGUCAACUUUGUCAAGCUCAACUCGGACGCGGCCGCCGUGGUCCUGCAGUUGAUGAAUGUGCGCCGCUGCGGUCACUCCGAAAACUUCUUCUUUGUGGAGGUUGGUCGCUCUGCGGUCACGGGCCCCGGGGAAUUCUGGAUGCAGGUGGAUGACUCAGUGGUGGCCCAGAACAUGCAUGAGACCCUACUGGAAGCCAUGAAAGCCCUGAGCGAGGAGUUCCGCCAACGCAGCAAGUCACAGUCCAAUUCUGGGCCAGGUGGGGGAGCCACCGCCUCCAACCCCAUCAGCGUCCCCUCGCGACGCCACCACCCCAACCCGCCCCCCAGCCAGGUGGGCUUCACCCGUAGGCCUCGCACCGAGCCGCCCGGAGGGACUGGAACUGGCGGCAACAGCGCCAACGCAUCACCCACCCCCCGCCACAGUUUCCCCAGGUCAGGCACAGCCAGCGACGGGGGUAAAGGAGAAGAAGGCGUGGGGGGAGCGUGUGGAGGUGUAGGUCAGAGUUCCAGUCCUACCACCAAUGGGUCAUCCUCCACUACGCCCAUCCUCAGGUCCAAGUUGGCCCGUUCUGCCUCCACCCCAACCAAGAACAACUCCCUGAGCCUGAUGCGCUCCGUCUCCACCCCAGCCCCCUCCCCGGCUCCAAGCUUGUCCUCCAGCUCCAGCCACGGCUCUGAGUUUGGGGUAGUGGUGGCUGCAACCGGAGGAGGUGGAGGAGCAGCAGGGACCGGUGCCUACAGCCGCCUCCCCUCCCACAACGCCUCCGUGUCGGGCUCCCCCAGCGAUUAUGGCUCCUCGGAUGAGUACGGCUCCAGCCCUGGGGAGCACUCUGCCCCCUCCCCCAACAUGCCUGGAGGGUCAGCCAGGUCAGGUCGUUAUCAAUCCCUGGACGACGAGGCUGCUAACUACAUCCUAAUGGGCCAGCGUGGUGGUGGUGGAGCUCCAACAUCUGGCUCUCUGCCUGCUGGAGCAUCCAGCUCAGCCCCUUCCCACCAGCCCCAGACCAGGAGGGUCCUGCGGCGCUCCUCUAGCCGGGAAUGUGAAGCCGAGAGGCGGUUGCUGAGCAAGCGGGCGUCCCUGCCUCCCAUGGCCCUGGAGCGCAUGGCCCCGCGACCCCACAGGGGGGAGGAGGAGCAGGAUGAAGACGCGGCGGACUACGCCAUCAUGUCCCGCAGCACCAGCGGGGAUUCCUUCACCACCUGCGUCUCCUCACAAAGAGACUCUGAGAUGAGCCCCGGUGGAGGGGGGGGAGGAGGGGGAUACCUGGACGUGGCUGUAGAGUUGGUUGUUAGUGGAGGUAUAGUGCGGGAUAACGGCUAUAUGUCCAUGCUACCGGGAGGAGUUACCCAACCUCCAGUCUCCCUCACCCACUCGCUUUCCGUCUCCGUCGCCGACUCGGAGUCCAAGCCAGCGGAUGACUACAUGGCCAUGACGCCUAACAACAGCGUGUCCCCCCCUCAGCAGAUCCGGCCCCCUCCUGGCUCUGGCGACGGCUACAUGAUGAUGUCACCCAACAGCAGCUGCUCUCCGGACCAGCGUGGCUGCCUGGGAGGUGUGACCUGGGUGGACAGCAGUAGCGCCGACAGCCGGGCGGGCAGCGACUACAUGAACAUGUCCCCCAUCAGCAUCCGAUCGGCCAACAGCAGCCCCCCUCCCCCCGAGCAACCCCCUCAGACAGACCACCACCCCUCACUGCAGGCCCCCAAGAUGGUCUACUCCUACUACUCACUGCCCCGCUCCUACAAACACACGCCACCUGGUGGACACUUUGAGGACGGUCCCGGCCGAGGCAGGAGGCCCAGUGGGAGCAGUGAUGUGAGAGGAGUUGGCAGGGCGGUGGUGGUUCGUCAGGACCCCAAUUUGGGUGCAGUCCAAGGUCGCCACCUGUCCCUCUCCUCGUCCUCAUACUCCUCCAGCUCUGCCAGCAGUGAGAGCCUAGGGGAGAACGAGGACAGGGCUCUCCAGGGAGCAGGGUCCUCAGGUGGGGGAGCUCACUCUAAAGACAUGGGGCUCCUCCAGCAGAGACGGGCAGCCCCCAAGCAGGGCCAGCAGGGGGGACCCAGGACCCGGCCUGUCAGCCUGUUUGUGGACGUGUCCAAAGCCAACACCCUCCCCAGGGUCCGUGAGAACCCCCUCCCCCCGGAGCCCAAAAGCCCAGGGGAGUACGUGAGCAUCCAGUUCAAGGGGGAGAAAAGCACCAGAGGAGGGCCAGGAGGUGGGGAAGGGAGGGGACUCAGACAUGGGAUGUCCCUGCCUCACGGCUCCAGCCUGCGCCCUUCACACCGGCCCGCCUCUUGUCCUGGGGGGUUCCUGCCCCUCUCCCGAAGCCCCUCCACCCCCCAGACCCCCCUCACGCCCCUCACCCCUCCAUCCGCCUCAGAAUAUGUCAACAUGGACUGCGGCCCUCACCGUCCCCCUCUCCCCUCUCCCUGACACCACUGAGCUUCCCCUC